CAUUCUGUUGCUUGUGCAUGCAAAAUCGCUCACAAUCUAAAUUCAAAAAAAAAUGCAGAUAUCAUCAAUCCUUCUUCCUUUUUCCGUCCUUCUCCUCUUCCUUUCGCUUCCAUCUCCAUCUCUUGCCGCCGAUAAGAAGUGCAAUUACCACGACCGAGACGCCCUUUUAGAGAUCAAACAAGGGCUCAACAACCCGGAUAACUUGGCCGAUUGGGUUCCGACAACCGAUUGUUGCUCGUGGUUUGGCGUCCAAUGCGACCUUGGCCGCGUCAUUACUCUCACAAUAUUCAACCGUGAAGUCUCCGGCCAAAUCUCGCCGGCUAUUGGCAACCUCCGGUUUCUCCAAGCUCUAGACAUAAGUGACCUCACAAAUCUCACCGGAACAAUCCCUUCCACUAUUACCCGCCUUAAUCGUCUCAUUAUCCUCGACCUUUCCGGUAACAAAUUUUCCGGCCCAAUUCCAUCAUUUCUCGGAAACGUCAAGAGCUUAAGAGUAUUAGACUUAUCAAACAAUCUCUUCAGCGGUUCGAUUCCCAGUUCUCUCUCCAAACUUCCAAACAUCGUCCAACUACACUUGGAAAACAACCGCCUCACCGGACCCAUCCCGGAAUCCUUCGGACACUUUGUCGGAGAAACUCCUAAUCUUUACCUGUCCAACAACUUUCUCAGCGGCCCGCUUCCCAAGUCCUUAGGCUACGUAAACUUCUCCACUGAAAUUGAUCUGUCGUUCAACAACCUCACCGGUGAUCCGACACUGUUGUUCGGGAAAAACAAGACGGUUAACCAAGUUCAGCUGAACUCCAACUUGUUCCAGUUCGAUCUUUCCAACGUGGUAUUUCCGGACAGUUUGACGAGUUUGAUACUUGAUCAUAACAAAAUCUACGGAAGCCUUCCAGAAGGGUUGACUCAAUUGAACUUGCAGCAGUUUGAUGUGAGUUAUAACAAACUUUGUGGGCAAAUUCCUCAAGGCGGCAAGCUUCAGAGCUUCGAAUCCUCGGCCUAUAGUCACAAUAAAUGCUUGUGUGGUGCUCCCCUCCCUGCCUGCAGCUAGGAGUAUGCUUAAUAGUCUAUCUGUCUCGAAAUUACAGUCCAAUUUUCUUUAUAAUUCAAAUUAUACUAAUAAUAAUUAAAAAUUCAAAUAUGACAAUCAUUUUGAGCACAUAAAAUAAUAUAUUUGAACGUGUGUAUGGAGCAUUUUAUGCGUUAAGUAGUCAAAUAAGUGUAACACCACAUCAGUAUAAUUACAAAUGUUACUUUUCCAUUUGUGUAUUUGAAAUCGAUAUUUCUGCAAAAUGUUUUUGAUUUCUGAUUGAGGAAUUCAAGCUUGUACG